CCUCAUGUAAGUAACAUUUCAUUUCCCAAUUCUCUUUUUCUUCACUCACACACACGUGCUCCCUUUCUCUCCCAUCAACCCAAAUCCCUUUUCUCGUUCUUCCCAAUUCCAAUUUCCAAUUCUCCGGCCAUGUCAACCGCGGCAGCGGCGGGGGGCGACAUGGAGGCGGGUUUCGCGAAGCUCCAGGGCGAGGACUUUGAGUAUUACAUGCAGACCUACUCCAUCGUCCUCGGCCGCAACUCCAAGAAGUCCACCGUGGACGUCGACCUAUCCAGCCUCGGUGGUGGCAUGAACAUCUCCCGCCACCACGCUCGCAUCUUCUAUGACUUUGCCCGACGCCGCUUCGCCCUCGAGGUCCUCGGCAAGAAUGGCUGCCUCGUCGAGGGCGUCCUCCACCUCCCCGGCAACCCCCCUGUCAAGCUCGAUUCCCAAGAUCUCCUCCAGAUUGGGGACAAGGAGUUCUAUUUUCUCCUGCCCGUUCGCAGCAUCUUGGGCGGGCCCGUGGGCCCGAGGCAUUACCCUAACCACGCUACUCCCGGGCCGGUUGUUCCUCACUAUAAUAAUUACCAUUUGGGCCCCGGCCCGGUGAAGAAGGCACCGCGGAGGGAGUAUUAUGAGGAGGAGUUUGACGAUGAAGAUGAUGUUGGUGGAAGGAAGAUGCGGAGGGAUGGGUAUGAUGGCUAUGGCUACGCUGGUGGCAAGUCUUCGCUGUCAGCACCUAUGGAUAAGAAGUCUGAAGGCAGAUCCCGAGUAGAUCGAGAUGCUGAUAAUCUUCAGCUUCAGCAGCUGGAAGAAAAGGAUGUAGUAUCAUCUGUAGCUACUGUUCUUUCUGAUCUCUGCGGUCCUGGAGAGUGGAUGCCUAUGGAGAAACUUCAUACCGAGCUGUUGGAGCAAUAUAGCAGUGUUUGGCACCACAACAGAGUGAGGAGGUAUCUCACAUCAGAAGAUUGGCCUGGUCCUGAAUCCAAAGGGAAGCCUUGGUAUGGCUUGCUUAUGCUGUUAAGGAAAUACCCGGAGCAUUUUGUCAUCAACACAAGGUCCAAGGGCCGUGUCACCCAUGAGUUUGUUUCUCUUGUCUCUCUUCUAUCGUGACCUCGUUGCCCCCGUCCCCAAAAACUCAAACUGGAAAGAAAUAGCUAUUAGCCGUGGUUGCUUCUAAACAGUGAUAUAUGAUUUAGCUCCAAAUCUGUAUAAAAUUUCCGCUGUUUUUUUUUUUUUGGUAAAAUACUUUUGUUGCUGGGUAAAUAUGUUCCCCCUCCCCUCCCACUAGUGCUGAGAGCAGAAAGAACUAUUUUUGUUCUUUCUUUUUCAUGGAUUUAGAAAAUGGGAGGUUAGACUUAAAAAUCACUGAGUUGGUUGUGUCUAGUUGAUUCACCCUAUAGGUCCUCAGGUAUAUUAACUGCCUGUGGUUGAAAUGCUUGCACCAUAAUAUUGGGCUGGGCCUUCACAUUGCUAUAUUAGAGUGUUGCUAGGUGCACCCAGCAUUAUUGCUGGUGCACCCAGCAUUCUAAAAAAA